AUGUAUUCCAACUGGCGGAUCAAGGAACUGAAAGAUAAGUUCCGAAAGCGUGGUGCUUCAUCACAUGGAAAGAAAGCAGAUCUUGUUGAAAGGUUGGAGUUAUAUGACCAAAACUUUAAUUUUGACCGUCCUGACAAGGCUGAUAAUGAAGAUCCAAAGAUGCAGUUACCGUUAAGUGAAACCUAUCGGGAUAUUAACAGUAACACAAUAUUGCCACCCUUAGAUAAAAACCAUGAUCAGACAUUAUUUAUGCUAGUAAGUAUUGUAACUUAA